UAUGGGAGGUGGGGCCGAGCGGCCGCUUCCGGUUGGCCGCUCGACCGAGGAGCGCAUCUUCGUAGCCGUGGCCGCUCCAGGCCCGUCCCAUCUCUGUCGUGGAGGAUCCGCCUCGGCACAGGCGGGCUCGGUCCGGCCUUGCGGUAAGCCUUCGGCCGCGGCUGCCGGGCAGUCCUGGCGGCGGCGCACCGACGAGCGGACGGGUGGACGCCAGGGUCUGAGGAGGCUCCUCAGUUCCGCUGCUGGCCCAGCACCGGGGGGUCGGGUGCCGCUCCCUCCGCCGUCAGGGCCCUCUUCUCUUCCUGCCUGUCUGAUGACAACUGAACGCCCCGUGCAGGUGAAGGUGGUCAAAGUCAAGAAAUCUGAUAAAGGAGAUUUCUACAAAAGGCAGAUUGCUUGGGCCCUUCGAGACCUUGCUGUGGUAGAUGCCAAGGAUGCUAUUAAAGAAAAUCCUGAAUUUGAUUUACAUUUUGAAAAAAUAUAUAAAUGGGUUGCCAGCAGCACUGCUGAAAAGAAUGCAUUUAUUUCAUGCAUUUGGAAACUGAACCAGCGAUAUCUCCGGAAGAAAAUUGAUUUUGUCAAUGUUAGCUCACAGCUUUUGGAAGAAUCUGUUCCAAGUGGAGAAAAUCAGAGUGUGACAGGAGGCGAUGAAGAAGCAGUGGAUGAAUACCAAGAGUUAAAUGCAAGAGAAGAGCAGGAUAUUGAGAUAAUGAUGGAAGGCUGUGAGUAUGCAAUUUCAAAUGCCGAGGCCUUUGCAGAAAGGUUGUCCAGAGAGCUUCAGGUGCUAGAUGGGGCCAACAUCCAGUCAAUCAUGGCCUCCGAAAAGCAAGUAAACAUCCUAAUGAACUUGCUGGACGAGGCUCUAAAGGAGGUGGAUCAGAUUGAAUUGAAACUGAGCAGUUAUGAGGAAAUGCUCCAAAGUGUAAAAGAACAAAUGGAUCAGAUCUCUGAGAGCAACCACCUGAUUCAUCUUAGUAACACUAAUAAUGUAAAACUCCUAUCAGAGAUAGAGUUCCUUGUGAACCACAUGGACUUGGCCAAAGGUCAUAUAAAGGCCCUUCAGGAAGGAGAUCUUGCUUCCUCCAGGGGCAUCGAGGCCUGUACCAACGCCGCAGAUGCCCUUCUGCAGUGCAUGAAUGUGGCUCUUCGACCAGGCCAUGACAUGCUUCUGGCAGUCAAACAGCAACAGCAGCGUUUCAGUGAUUUGCGAGAGCAUUUUGCCCGGAGACUAGCCAGUCACCUCAACAAUGUUUUUGUUCAACAGUUUACUCAGGCCCUCCUUCAACUCUAUAACAGGUCCUACUUUCUUUCGGUGCCUGGCCAUGAUCAGAGUUCAACUCUUGCUCAGCACUCUGUUGAACUGACUUUACCUAAUCAUCAUCCAUUUCAUAGAGACUUGCUCCGAUAUGCCAAGCUGAUGGAGUGGCUAAAGAGUACCGAUUAUGGAAAAUAUGAGGGACUAACAAAGAAUUACAUGGAUUAUUUAUCACGACUCUAUGAGAGAGAAAUUAAAGAUUUCUUUGAAGUUGCAAAGAUCAAGAUGACUGGCACAACUAAAGAAAGCAAGAAGUUUGGUCUUCAUGGAAGUUCCGGGAAAUUAACUGGAUCUACUUCUAGUCUAAAUAAACUCAGUGUUCAGAGUUCAGGAAAUCGCAGAUCUCAGUCAUCUUCCUUGUUGGAUAUGGGAAACAUGUCAGCCUCUGAUCUCGAUGUUGCCGACAGAACCAAAUUUGAUAAGAUCUUUGAACAGGUACUAAGUGAACUGGAGCCCCUGUGUCUGGCAGAACAGGACUUCAUAAGUAAAUUUUUCAAACUACAGCAACAUCAAAGCAUGCCUGGAACUAUGACUGAAGCAGAGGAGCUAGAUGGAGGAACGUCGUCACGGCAACAUAAUGCUGGCACACCACUGCCUGUUUCAUCUGAGAAAGAUAUGAUUCGCCAAAUGAUGAUUAAAAUAUUUCGCUGCAUUGAGCCAGAACUGAACAACCUGAUUGCAUUAGGAGACAAAAUCGAUAGCUUUAACUCCCUUUACAUGCUAGUCAAAAUGAGUCAUCAUGUGUGGACUGCACAAAAUGUGGACCCUGCUUCUUUUCUAAGUACUACAUUGGGAAAUGUUUUGGUGACUGUCAAAAGGAACUUUGAUAAAUGUAUUAGUAACCAAAUAAGGCAAAUGGAGGAAGUAAAGAUCUCAAAGAAGAGUAAAGUAGGAAUUCUCCCAUUUGUUGCUGAAUUUGAAGAGUUUGCUGGACUUGCAGAAUCAAUCUUUAAAAAUGCUGAGCGUCGUGGAGAUCUAGAUAAAGCGUAUACUAAACUUAUCAGAGGAGUGUUUGUUAAUGUGGAGAAAGUAGCUAACGAAAGCCAGAAGACGCCCAGGGAUGUAGUCAUGAUGGAAAACUUCCACCAUAUUUUUGCAACACUUUCUCGUUUGAAAAUCUCAUGUCUAGAAGCUGAAAAAAAAGAAGCCAAACAAAAAUACACAGAUCACCUUCAGUCUUAUGUCAUUUACUCUUUAGGACAACCUCUUGAAAAACUAAAUCAUUUCUUUGAAGGCGUUGAAGCUCGGGUAGCACAGGGUAUAAGAGAAGAGGAAGUAAGCUAUCAACUUGCAUUUAACAAACAAGAACUCCGAAAAGUUAUUAAAGAGUAUCCUGGAAAGGAAGUAAAAAAAGGUCUAGAUAACCUCUACAAGAAGGUUGACAAACAUUUAUGUGAAGAGGAGAACUUACUUCAGGUGGUGUGGCACUCCAUGCAGGAUGAAUUUAUACGCCAGUACAAGCAUUUUGAAGGUUUGAUAGCUCGCUGUUAUCCUGGAUCUGGUGUUACAAUGGAAUUCACUAUUCAGGACAUUCUGGACUAUUGCUCCAGCAUUGCGCAGUCCCACUAAACCUUACAAAAGAAGAAAAGAUAAAUGAAAAAAGCACUCUGAGUACACCAGACACUAUUCAAAAACAUCAAGCAACCGUUUUGAGAACCAGACUUAAAAUUUUAUGUAUGAAUGUCAGAUAAAUGGGUAAUACCAUACCACAAAUAUUCAAAAGCGAAAGUACCAACCUAUGUGGCAGUUUCAUUUGCCCAAUAGGUUGUGUACUAAAAGUAUUUAUCUCGGGCUUCCCUGGUGGUGCAAUGGUUAAGAAUUCGCCUGCCAAUGCAGGAGACAUGGGUUCAAGCCCUGGUCCAGGAAGAUCCCACAUGCCGUGGAGCAACUAAGCACGUUUCCCACAACUACUGAAGUCCGCACACCCUAGAGCCCAUGCUCUGCAACAAGAGAAGCCACUUCAAUGAGAAGCCUGCGCACCACAACGAAGAGUAGCCCCUGCUCGCUGCAACUAGAGAAAGCCCACAUGCAGCAACGAAGACCCAACGCAGCCAAAAAUAAAUUAAUUAAUUAAAGCAUUUAUCUCAUCAUAAAUGCCUUUAUCAUUUUUCCAGACUGUCCAGGAAAUUUUCCUGUAUUGCCUCGCUUCUUAUAUUUAAGAGUGGUUAUCCUGGGCUUCCCUGGUGGCGCAGUGGUUGAGAGUCCGCCUGCUGAUGCAGGGGACGCGGGUUCGUGCCCUGGUCCUGGAAGAUCCCACAUGCCACAGAGCGGCUGGGCCCGUGAGCCAUGGCCGCUGAGCCUGCGCGUCCAGAGCCUGUGCUCUGCAACGGGAGAGGCCACAACAGUGAGAGGCCCGCGUACCGCAAAAAAAAAAAAAGAGUGGUUAUCCUAUGUGUAAUGCAUUGGGAGUUCUUCAGCUUUCACUAAUUCAGUAUUGUUUACAAAUGUUACUACUAAAAUUUUGUAUAGAACUUUUUCCCUCUAACUAAUGUAUAUAUGGAUAGGGAUCUUGUGAUGAUCAGUUGUAAACUUGGAAUUUGAGGAUUAUGUGACUCUGUGUAGCAGUGAAUCUAAAAUAAAGA